CAAACGGACUGGUACACCCAAAAAGACUGGCUAUGUGGCUGUCCUUCGAAAAAAUCGGCUUUGCUGCUUUCCCUGCCUUUUUUUCUCAACUUGUGCCAAUGUCUGGACUAACACGAGACAUUGUGACAUUAAAAAACUACCACGAAGCCUCAGCAAACACGAGAGCUCGACCACUCACAUUCAAAGCCUGAUUGCUUUAAAAACUUUUGGAAGCUCAAGGAUCGAUUUGGCUUUGACGAACAGCGGAAGCUCAACGGUAGCAUCCAGAACGCUAAGCCGCUCCAUUCAAAGGAUUCCUCUGCACAGCUGGAAUUCAACCAGCUAAUUGAUGGGGCCACAAGAGUCUACCUGCCACAUUUCCUCAGGUCAGAGUUGAGUGACAAAAAGCUGACAAGUGAAUGGAGACGGUAAAAAACACAAAAGCAGGAGUUCUAUCUUGGACUCUAGCUCCAGUCUGCAGCAGCUCUGACAGAUCAGAGGAUGAGUGGGAUGGAGGGGAAGAGCAGGAUAAUGACUUUUCUAACCAGAUGGAUGACAAUGGCAUCAUAGGAUUGACACAGGAACAUGAUAACAAUACAGAAUGUAUUCAAGCCUCAUCUCAUGGACCGAAUACCUCACAGGAUCUUGGUGGCCAUGAAGUACAGCAUAUGCUUCCUGAGGAGAGCUUUUACCCAUUAAGAAAACAUCUGGAAGAUGCCGAUGGACUUUCAGCCUUCGGUGAUGACAUUUGCACCUUUAAAGAACGGAGUCAUCAUGAAGACAAGGCAAAUGAGUUGAAGAAGUCGAAAGAAGGGCUGAAGACUGAGUACUUCUCUGAGAGGGACACAUUCUUUGGCAUGGCUCAGGGGAAGAGAGAUGGAGCGCAAGGUGAGCAAGGGUUUCGAAAUGAACCAGUCAACAAUAACAAAGAAGAGUCAGAGAUCAUCAGUGAGCAGCACUUUUUUCACUCACCACCAAUGGUAGUAGAAGCUGAUGGUGACUGCAAACCUCAAUGUCCAACAUACCAGGUGUCCUCUCAUCCCAACCUCCCCAUUUUCACCCCACUGUGCCACUUUACUUCUGAUGCAAUGGCUGCUGCUCCAGGGAUUGCAGGUGAAACUGUUCCAGACAUGGGCCUUACUGAGAGUCCUCCUGACUCAAACAGCCUCUCUAGCGGUGGUUCCAGUCCUCAGCACCAACAAAACUCUGAAACCGAACAAUUAGAGGAAGAUGCUGUCUCUCCUCAUCCGCUAAUGUCUAAGCAGCAAAGUCAUGUUAAUCAUGAGUUUUCACAGUCUGGUCUUAAACAACCGCCUACUUACUCACUGGUGCAAAGGUCACAGCCCUGCAAUGAUGCUGUAGCCUCUCAUAUACCAAAAAAAGACUGUCCCAUUCCCAGCAAAUCUAAUCAAUCAAGAAAAGGCAAUCCGAAUCAUCGGAUACCAGAUUUGUCCAACGUGAAGUCGAGGAUCUCUUUACCUAAAGUAGAUUAUAAACCACCCAAGAGCAGAUGGUCUACCAAGAAUCCCCCCAAGUCCCUGGCACCAGAGGCUCCGGUUGUCUUUAAAUCUCCUGCUGACAUUGUGAAAGAAGUUCUACUCAACACAACUGACGGACCUCAGUCACCAUUUGCCUUUCAAAAAAAUACAUUGAAUGGUGGUCCUAACGGCACCGUACCUCAGGAGUUCCGAUCCCAGCAGAAGGCUGGUAUCCUCCUUGACCAACUCCAGGAGGACCAUGGAAGACUGCUGACUAAGUAUGCCGAGGCAGCGAACACAAUUGACCGCCUACGGCUGGAAGCCAAGGUUAACCUGUACUCUGAACAACCAAAGCCUCCUCACGUGAUGCCAUUAGAAGUGCAAGUUGAGCCGUCCAAGUUCAUGCAGCUGGACUUUCCUCAAGCUCAGAAAGUGCAGCCUAGCGCAGUUUCUCCUCAGCCAAGUGGACAAAGCACGCACAAAAGAGUUCCCUCUGGACUAUGUCUGUCUGCCUCCAUUUCAAAGAGCGCAGAGUGGCAAGGCAGUCAGAAGGUGGCAAAUUCACUUUACGCACAAGCGGACAAGUUCCUUCAGAAGCUUCAACAUUUUGAGGACUCGCUGAAGAGCAAAACACCUUUCCACCAGGUGAAGGGUUUCACUCAACUUUGUCAAGGACUGGAAUCUUUAGAAAAGGGAUACUUGUGUGCCAAGAAGGAGCACAAAGUCCUUCAGCAGCAAGGGGCAAAGCACAGCAAAUUUGACCCCAACCGGGAGCUGGAGGAGUUUAUUUACCAGUGUGGGCGGCAUAUGGAUGAGCUGAAAGAGGUUGUGGAUCAGAGCACCCGUGAUGCUGAUUCCGCUCAUUCUCUUUGCCUUCAAGCCCGAAAAACCUCGCCAUCUGAUGAUUCUCACUCUGAGACGCAACAUACAUCUUUGCUACUUCGUCCAGUAGAGGUCCCAGAUAAGGAAGUUGAGACUGUUAACUUGAGUUCUGCUGACUUCAAGAAAAGAUAUCCUGAACAAGCCAUGGAUGUUCAUCAGGGUUCAGCUGUGCGUCACACAACUCAUAGCAGGAGGAAGGAUGUCAGGAAGUCCUACAGCAGCAGUCAGAGUAGCCUGGCAGAAAUAAGUACACCAGUGAAGAGAAGUGCCAAACCUCAAACAGGGAUUGGGAGAUUGCUUUCUCAGGACGGGGUCAUUUCUCCAGGGACUGACAGCGGUUUUGUUGGUUCUGAGUACAGUCAUCAAGUUUGGACUGCAGCUCCCUGUUCUUUCCACCAGGGAGCCUCAAAGGGUGCUAUGAGGCCUGCACAAGGGAGCUCAGGGGAGCCUCAGACAAGCCGAAGUUCAUCACGAUCUCGUGGCUCCUCACAAUCACACAGGAGCACACCAAUGCAGCCCGGUGAAUAUUUUCAGCAAACAAUAAGGAGAUUGUGUCCGGUAGAGCGCAAGCAAAGGCAGUGGGUUAGUCAGACAGAUACAACCAGGACUGACAGUGAAAGCAUCAAUACUAUGUCUGAAGACAUACAAAGUGACCAGUAUGAAGAGACUCCCCCCUGUUCCUCUCCAAACUCCUCUCCCUCUACUGUGCGUCAUCGCCAUGGUGACUCUCCUCAAGCAUCGAGGUCCAGUCAGGUGGUGACUUGCAACGAUCCAAGUCGACUUCUACAGUCCAUUAAGUCCACCAGGCCGAAGGAGGAGAGUCUGUUGAACAACCCCAAUUCCAGUCAAGUCAACUGUAAUCACCACAGAACUUUACAUCCUCUUAGCAGCAGAAAGAAAUGGACAAUUGUUGGGGAUGAGGCGGAGCAGGUGGUGAGACGCACAGCCAGGAAAAGAUUGACACACAGACAACAAGCACAACCAGACACGUCAAGUGCAACAGAAGAUGAACAUUUUGCUCGCCGACUUCUGGUGUCAAGAUCCACUCAAACUUCUAUUGCAGUUGCUGACGGCCAAACUUCACAUGCAAGUGCACACGUCCAGCAUAUAAAGAAGAAUCAUGCUGAGUGUGCAACUGACAAUGUAGACAGUCCAAGCAGCGUUCCGCCUUGUUCUCAAUGUUUGUCCAAUCGCAAUUCGUCUUGCGAAAGAACAGCUAGUGGCAACCAAGAGCAAGCCCACUUCUCUUCCUGUCAUUGUCAUCACUGCCAUCACUGUGGACAUUCAGAUACAAAGACAAGUAAUGAGCAAGACUGUUGCAGAGACUCAAGCUCCCCCAGGAUAUCCACCUGCCAACCAGCACUGUCUCCGAGUAAAGUGCCACCGCAGCCUGCAGUGUGUCCCACACCAUUGCUCCUUUAUCUCCAACCUCAACCCGUCCACAUGUGCUCCAACAAUACAAGCUCUCCCCCCGACCUCAUCAAUACCAAGAAAGAAGAGAGGGCACAACACUUGCCUUGCAUUGUUCCGCAACGCUCUCUGGACGAUGCCCUUCUCGCGGCACGGAAAAUGAAAGACAGGUCUGAACGAAUGGUGCGCUCCUUGAACUCGGGCCUGCGCUCUCUGGAUCGGCUGUCCAAGUCCCGCUCAAAUUCCAACUCUGAUUAACAGAGCAUCUGGAACCUGCACGGUGCAGUCAAAUGGACUUCUUACAAAAUGUCUGCUGCUUCUUUAGCCGCAUUUUUUUAGGUUCAGCGUUGUUUGUCAGUGAUGGCCAACUACAAUUUUUGAGAGCAAAAUUGUUUUUCCAUCAGAUGUGCUGGCAUACCUAAAGGACAAAGUGCUGUCUAAACCAUAGAUGAAGCUCAUUUACCCCAAGCGGCAUUCCAAAACAAUUUUCCAAACAAGGAAUUUGGGGGGGAAGUCAUUGAUGCUCUCGCCUGAUUUCUGUACAGGCAGCUUGGAAUCGGUUCCCACUCAAGUGAAAGCGUGCAAAUGGCUACCUGUCUCUAUAUAUAUGUCCUGUGAUUGCUGGUGAUCAAUCACAGGUGUCCACCUUUUGCCCGAAGCCUCUCAGGAUAAGCUUCGACAUGUAAAAUCCUAAAACUGCCUUCAUAUUGUAGCAUCACUGCCAAUGAGAAUGUAAUGGAAGACAAACGGGUUCAUUUUGAGAAAUUCAUUGCAUAAAUGACGUAUAUUUUUGUGCAUAUUUUAAAUGUCUGGAAGGACAAAGUUUUUAGUGUUUUAUUUUCUUGUGAGUCAACAUUUCAUCCGCAAAUGAAGAGCACUUAAUUUCACAUCCGUAGUGUUAUUUUGUACUUAAAAAUAUUACUGUAAAUAUUGUUUGUAAAUUGCUUCUUUUUUUUCCUACCAUUUUCUCUUUAUAUUUUCCCAACAAUCCUUUUUGAUGUAGCAGCCAUAAUAAGGUUGAAGAGUUUAGUACUGCGGAUAUCAUGUGAAUAAUAGGAGGAUUUAGCUAAGCUGUAAAAAUAAAGACUUAUA